AUGCCAUCGUGGGCUAUCACAGGCGCUUCCCGCGGCAUCGGGCUUGAAUAUGCCAAACAGCUUUCUGCAGAUGGGGGCAACCAGGUUUUCGCCCUUAUCAGGAGCCAGCCAAGCGCGGAACUUAGCAAACUUGAUUCUGAGAGAGGCAAUCUUCACGUAAUCAAGGCCGACGUCACUGAUGCUCAAAGUCUCUCUGAGGCGGCUACCAAAGUGGGACAGUUGACUGAGAACAAGCUAGACGUGUUCAUCAGCAACGCAUGCCAUCCUGGGCUUGACUUGAGGUUUUACCCAACCUCAGCAUUUUUGGGAAAAGAGAAGGAGCUCAAGAACGAGAUUGAUGCUCCUAUGAGCGUUAACCUGAUUGGGGCUAUAAAUUCCAUCAAUCGUUUUCUUCCCCUGGUUCGCAAAGGCGAACUGAAGAAGAUCAUUUACAUCACCUCUCCGACGGGUGAUGCUGAAUUUACCCGCAAGUGUGGCGUCACCGUCACCAUUGGAUACACCGUCACCAAGGCUGCCAUGAACCUUGUCAUGUCAAAGUACGCUGCCGAGCUCAAGGGAGAAGGGAUCAAGACUCUGGCACUCAGCCCGGGAUGGGUUGACACAGACGGAACCCGAGAUAUGGCCCCGACCCCAGAGGUGUUAGAAAUGGCGCUACACAUGUUCCAGAAGGUGAAUCCGGAUCUCACUAGGUUGUUGACUCCGGAAGAAUCGGUGAGAAUGCAACUUGAUGUUAUCAAUAAUCUGACGGCAGAGCAAAGUGGCUUAGCGCUGUCCCAUCAUGGGGACCACAAUUGGAUGUGA